CUCUAACGUCAAAACAGACAGCAUCCUAAGAUAUCGAGCCAUCCCCCAAAUCUAAUAGUCAGUUUGUACACGAUGGCGGAGUUGUUGGACAAGGCGAAGAACUUUGUGGCCGAUAAGGUGGCCAAUAUGAAGAAGCCUGAGGCUAGCAUCACGGAUGUUGAUCUGACCCAUGCGGGCUUUGACGGCAUCCAGUAUAAAGCUAAAGUCUCCGUCACCAACCCCUAUAGCGCUCCUAUCCCCAUCUGCGAGAUCUCUUACACUCUCAAAAGUGCUGGCAGGGUGAUUGCAUCGGGGAAAGUACCAGACCCGGGUUCACUGAAGGCAAGCGACUCGACGAUGUUGGACGUGGAAGUGAAGGUACCGCAUAGCGUAUUGGUAAGCUUGAUAAAGGACAUCGGUGCAGACUGGGAUAUUGACUAUGAAUUGGAAGUGGGACUCACCGUGGAUCUUCCUCUCUUUGGAGACCUGACCAUCCCUCUCUCUCAGAAAGGAGAGAUCAAGCUUCCUACUUUCAGAGACUUCUUUUGACUUCUAUUCAUCCCUCAUAUAUUCUUUCUUUUCUGAAACAUGAAUUAUAUGUCAAAAAUACUAUAUGUGCUUUAAGUUGAAUAAAUUGUUUUUACCGAUCCGAGCUAA